AUGCGCGCCUCGACAGUCCUUGUUGGAUUGGGGACUCUUGUCUUCGCUCCCGCUCUUGUCUUAGCUAUAGAACGGGCUGAUUACUCACACCCAGCGCCCCCAGUUCCAGCUAAGCCAGCUGGAUAUUAUAAGAGUCUAACUUCCAAACCCUUACCUGCACUCCCACCCGCACUCCCACCUAAGCCUCUAUAUCGUGAACCGCCACCGUCACCCUAUGAAUACAAUAUGAGAGACCCACGCCUCAAUAUGCCACGUUUGCCUAAUCCCCACUACAGUACCAAGCCGCCCCCGCCCCUGCCAAACCAGCGCCACAACAGGAGGAGAGCUGCUGAAGAUGGCGAUGGAGAGCAAUCUGGCCGUGAUGAAGCAGAGUGGGUUUACCAUAACGGUAUCGAGCAAUUCCGCGACGGUGGCGGCCGCGAAAAUUGGCAUCGCACUCGCAGCCUUGUGGUGCGUGCAUUGCUUGACGAGCUGGACUAG